AUGGAGGGGUUGACUUCAGAGACGCUAUGUCGGGUGUGUGGAGACAAGGCCUCUGGGAAGCAUUACGGAGUCGCCUCCUGUGACGGCUGUAGAGGGUUCUUCAAAAGAAGCAUCCGCAGGAACCUGGACUACGUGUGCAAGGAGGAUGGUCGCUGUGUCGUCGACGUCUCCAGGAGGAACCAAUGCCAAGCUUGCCGCUUCAACAAAUGUCUCCAGGUCAACAUGAAGAAAGACGCUGUUCAGCACGAGAGAGCACCGAGGUCUCAUCAUAACAGCUGUCUCUCUACAGAACGAAGGAUUAUAUCGAGCUACCCUCUGUUGUACCAGCCACUAGGACUUACCUUCAGUCCGCACAGCUACAUACACUCCUCGUACCCAGGACUUCCUUUGCCUCCCACGCCCACUCCAACCAGGACUUUCAGGACCUUCUACAGAGUCGAACAUCCUGAGAAAGAGGAUGAGGUGACGAGUUCACAAGAGGUCAAUAUCUCAGGACAUCAACAGACUGAUGCCAGCGUAGAUGUGCUGCCCACCAGGUCCCCGAUAGUAGACAUGAGCUGCCUGUCGACCGAGAGCACUUAUGAGUCUGCGGCUAAACUGUUGUAUUUGGCGAUACGCUGGGCUCGCAGCAUACCAUCUUUCCAACAGUUGGGUACAAGAGACCAAAGUAUAUUGCUGGAGGAAGCAUGGAGUUCCCUGUUUAUCCUUAGUGCUGCUCAAUGGUUUUUGCCUAUUGAUGAAGUCUCACUUAUCCGAGAAUGUGGGGCUCCAUCACUGAGACACGAUGUUCUCACGGAAGAUGCAAGGAGGCUGAAGGACAUCAUAACAAAGAUGUCAGCCCUUAGAGUGGACCAUACAGAGUAUGCUUGUCUUAAGGCACUUGUCUUGUUCAAAGCAGAGAAGAGGGGUUUGAGGGAACCUUACCACAUAGAGCUGCUGCAAGACCAGACCCAUGUGAUGCUGCAUGAAUACUGCAGUGUCCAGCACAAGGCUAGGUUUGGCAGGCUUCUGUUGUCACUAUUGUUGGUCAGUAGCGUCAGCCGGCAGAGUCUUCAGGAGCUCUUCUUCCGUCAAGCCCUCGGAAACGUUCCUGUAGAGAGACUCCUCAAAGACAUCCAGCCUUCCGUUUGACAGACAAACUCAACCAGACAACUGUAUAGUUUGUAAAUACCUUUGUACCU